AUGGACGGCGAAGAUGGCCACUACCCUAGAACCAUCAACGAAGAGCUCGUCGAGUUAGGGCAGCUCCCCAAUGACGUCGACGACAUGGGAGAUGUUGCUGCGCUCUUGUUCGGUAGCAAUGCUGCUCCGAUCAACCUAGAGGAGGCAGCGCCGGCUAGUGGUGUUGCGGCCUCUAAUGACAAUGACUCUCUAGCAUCGUCCAGCAAUGGUAAGCGUCGAUCUGCUGUCUGGGGAGACUUCGAUGAAGUCAUAGAAAACAUUGAUGGCUUCAAGUAG